AUGCCCAACAUACGCGUCGAACCGACCGCGGAGGCUCACAUCGCCCGCUACUACCGCUUGAUCGAAGUCAUCAAGGGUGAGGCCGCCGUAGAGCCACGUCUCCUACCCGUAUCUCGGGGCGAAUGGCUGUCGUGGGCCAACUGCCGUGGUCUCUUCGAGUCCUACUGCAAGGCGGUCACCGAUGACCCGAACUCCGUUCCAUCGCCGUACUCCUUCAACGACGUCGUCGAGGUCAUGAACUACAUCGACGAGAUCUUCCAGCGCUACAAGCUGCCUCACGACUCGUUGGGCGCGCCCUAUCCGACCAUCGCCUGGUCCGAGGAGUCCGUCCUGCAUCGCGAGGCUGUUGACGAGCCUCUGGCUCCGGUCUCCUACCAACUCGACCCACUGUAUGUGCCGGAGUAUCGCCGCUUGCCCGACAGCUUCAAUCACUUGGCUAACGCCGUCCACCGCCUGAACGAGGACCAGCAGGAGAUUCGUAGGAUCCUCGGGUCGCUCUCUACGAGCGUCGCCGAGCUGGGAGGGCACGAGCGAGGCAUUAACUUCAGCGAGCCUGUUCGAGACACGAUGGGAGCGUAUCAGCGCAUGAACACAACGCCCAACUGGUGUUCACCUAGGUCGGGCCAUGGCCAAGCACCCCCGCUGCUCGUGCCGGUCUCAUCAAAGCAGCCUGACUUGGACCUGGGCCUGAAGCUGUAUGUGUCCAUGCGCGAGCGUAAGGACACCCACUCGUCCACUCAGCAACAGUCGUGUGCUGCGGCGGCGAGUUUUGCAGAAGGACCGGAACCUCGUCAAGACUCAGAUUUCAGUUGUGCAUGUGUAGCACUCAGUAGGCCCUUAGGCUAUUAG